AUGGAUUCGGAUGUGGAAAACGAGGUAGAUGAUGUGCGACAGGGAGCUGACACUGAAGCUGACCUUGAUGAGAAAUAUCCGAAUCGCCCUCGGAACCACUCUCCCACUCUGCCUUUCCAUGACUUAUUUCUGACUCUAUUUAACCCUCUUAAUGAGAACAAAAAGCGUCCAACUGGACCAGCAGUUGCUCGAAGGAAAGUGGGACCACAUGGACUUGGUGCAGCCGUCCAUCUUAGCCCCCAAGAGUUGCGAAGAGACAUCAUUCAGCGAUUUAUUUCGCGGUGGCGAAAGGAAGUAGGUAAUGAUGUAUUCCCAGCCUUUCGAUUGAUCAUUCCAGAGAAGGAUCGGUACAGGGCGAUGUAUGGAUUGAAGGAGAAAGCCAUUGGGAAACUGUUAGUGAAAGUUAUGAAAAUUGAUAAGAACUCUGAAGAUGGGUUUAGUUUGUUGAACUGGAGAUUACCCGGGCAGACUUUCGCAAGCAGAAUGGCGGGUGAUUUUGCGGGUCGUUGUUUCGAAAUCAUAUCAAAGCGGCCGAUGAGGACUGAGGUGGGCGACAUGACUAUCGAGGAAGUUAACGAACAACUGGAUAAACUUUCUGCAGCUUCGAAAGAGGAUGAACAGGUCCCAAUUCUUGAAUAUUUUUAUAGAAGGAUGAAUCCCGAGGAGUUGAUGUGGCUUAUCCGGAUUAUUUUGAGGCAAAUGAAAGUUGGUGCCACAGAACGGACGCUCUUCAAUUUGUGGCAUCCCGAUGCAGAAGCACUGUUUAGCAUUUCUAGCAGUCUCCGCCGAGUUUGCUGGGAGCUAUAUAAUCCGAAUGUCCGUCUUGAAGGGGAUGAGGCUAAAGUCACGCUGAUGCAAUGUUUUCAACCGCAGCUCGCGCAGUUUCAAGUGCAGUCGUUUGACCGCAUGAUUCAGAGGAUGAGGCUAGCUGAGGACGAUCCGACAUUUUGGAUUGAAGAAAAGUUAGACGGAGAACGUAUGCAGCUUCACAUGCAAACAGACGACUCGAUACCCGGAGGGAAGAGGUUUGUCUUUUGGUCUCGGAAGGCAAAAGACUACACUUAUUUGUACGGAAAUGGAUUGCUUGACGAGAAUGGUGCUCUCACGAGACACCUUCAGAAUGCGUUCGCUGAUGGAGUCCAAAGCAUCAUUCUAGAUGGAGAGAUGAUCACAUGGGAUCCGGAGCAUGAUGCGAUUGUUCCGUUUGGCGCUCUUAAGACAGCCGCACUGGCAGAACAAAGGAAUCCCUGCUCGACAGGACAGAGACCAUUAUUUCGCAUAUUUGAUAUUCUAUAUCUGAACGGUCGAGCCCUCACAAGAUACAUUCUACGGGACCGCAGAAGAGCCCUUGAAGCAAGUGUCAUUCCAGUACAUCGUCGUUUUGAAAUACACACCUAUGAAAUAGGUCGCAGCACAGCUGAUAUCGAACCUCUACUUCGGAAAGUUGUUGCUGAAGCAUCUGAAGGUCUUGUGCUGAAGAACCCCAACUCCCCUUACCGACUAAACGAGCGCCAUGAUGAUUGGAUGAAGGUGAAACCUGAUUAUAUGACAGAGUUUGGCGAGUCUCUUGACUGCGUUGUCGUUGGGGGAUAUUACGGUUCCGGCCGUCGAGGCGGCGCUUUAUCAAGCUUUCUAUGUGGACUAAGGGUUGAUGGUGCGCACGCCAAAAAGGGAGAUAAACCCACAAAAUGUUAUUCAUUUUGUAAGGUUGGGGGAGGAUUCACUGCAGCUGAUUAUGCCAAUAUUCGCCAUCACACCGAUGGGAAGUGGAUGGAUUGGGAUCCCAAAAGACCCCCCACUGAAUAUAUUGAGCUUGGUGGAGAUGAUGCACAGCAUGAACGUCCUGAUGUAUGGAUAAAGCCCGAGGAUUCGGUUGUGCUAUGUAUAAAGGCUGCACAAGUUACCCCAAGUGACCAAUUCCGUCUUGGUCUCACCCUGCGAUUUCCUCGUUUUAAACGACUACGUAUGGACAAAAAUUGGCAGAGUGCAUUGACAGUACAGGAGUUUAUGGAUUUCAAGUCAAACGUCGAAAAGGAGGUGAAGGAAAAGGAGCUCAGGUUUGACGAUACUCGCAGACCCCGGCAUAAAAAAUCUACGAAGAAGCCGUUGACAGUUGCUGGCUACGAAGGAGGUAAAAAAACUGCAUAUGCUAGUCCCUCCGGGAAGCUAUUCGAUGGGCUGAAUUUCUUUAUCAUAACCGAGUCCAUGCAAGAACCCAAAAAGACCAAGGCUCAGCUCGAACAGCUUGUGAAAGCUAAUGGCGGCAAACUGUAUCAGACGAACACAGCGGCUGAAAAUACAAUUUGCAUUGCGGAUCACAGGACAGUAAAAGUAGCUUCACUACAAAAGAACGCAAAGGAAAACGUAGUUCGCCCAUCAUGGCUCUUUGACUGUUUAAAACAGAACGAAAUAGACCAAGGUCUCCCAGACCUGCUUAUCCCUUUGGAGCCAAAACACAUGUUCUUCACAACUGCAGAUCAAGAAGAGGAAAUUGCCGGAAAUGUAGACAAGUACUCCGAUAGCUAUGCUCGAGACGUCGACGUCUCGGAACUUACAAAGCUCCUUGAUGAAAUGCCCACAGUCCCUAAUACAACUUUCUCUAGCAUAUCCCAACUGGAAUCCCACAUCGGGCACAUGCUAGAUCAAACGGCAAGUUUCAACAACUCCUCUAAAGGGUGGCUUUUCAAAGGUCUGGUCAUCUACUUUGCUGCGCCACAACCUGCUUCACCAUCACUAUGUUCUUCACUACAAAACGAUAAUUUGAAAGAAGAGAAACAGCGUCUUCCUCAAUGCCUUUAUUUAGCCUCCAAUCUCGUAAAAUUCGCUGGCGGCCAGGUCAUAACAGACGACAACGACAUGACGGACCCACGCAUCACGCAUAUCGUAAUCGACGCAAAUACCGAUGAUAAAACGAUAAUGGCAACGGAAAUUUCUGCGAUCAGGCGGAAAAUUGCAACCCGCACUGGGAUCAAUAAGCGUAUUCCGCAUCUGGUUGGGGUGGAGUGGGUGGAGGAGAGUUGGAGGAAAAAAACUCUGGUGGACGAAGAUCGCUUCGCACCCAAGUAA